CCAUGCAUCUGAUCCUCAAGCUCAUACACGUGUGAAGUUUAUAGGACUGCCUGAUUUUGUUGCGAAACUGCGUUCUUCCAACGAACUGGAAUACUUUCGCCUCGAGUGUCGAGUGAUCGUUGACGGAAAACCACUGUGAACCGUCGCUGCCCUGUGAGCUGAACACUCGAAGAUGAAGCUUGCCUUGUUGGCGCUGUGUGUGCUGAUCGCAGGCGCUCAGGCCUGGUUCGGUUCCCCAAUGCGCAGGCUGUACAAUGGGCCAGACAGCGUCCACAGAGCAAUGACGCAGCUGGGCGACGUGGGCGAGCCGCUCUUCCUGACUCCGCUCAUCGAGGCUGGCCAAUUGGAGCGAGCGAGAAACCUCAGCCGCGUCGGUUCGCUCGGCGCUGUGCCGGACUUCCCGGGCUAUUCGGGAUUCCUUACAGUCAACAAGCAGUAUGGAAGCAAUCUCUUCUUCUGGUUCUUCCCGGCCAAGGAAAACCCGGAGAAGGCACCUGUAGUUCUGUGGCUACAAGGUGGACCGGGAGGUUCCUCUCUGUUCGGGCUGUUCGUGGAGCAUGGGCCGUACCUCGUGGCUAAGGGCGGCGUACCAGAGCUUCGCGACACCACCUGGGCGCAGCGUUACUCGAUGCUGUACAUCGACAACCCUGUUGGUGCCGGCUUCAGCUUCACCCAGGACGACCGAGGCUACGCUCGCAACGAGGAGGAUGUCGGCCGGGACCUGCACGAGGCCCUGCAGCAGUUCUUCACGCUUUUCGAUGAGUACGCGGCUAAUGACUUCUACGCAUCAGGGGAGUCGUACGCCGGCAAGUAUGUGCCGGCCAUCGCUCACGCUAUCGACACAGCCGUCUCACCCAGAGUCAAGAUCAACCUGCGGGGCAUCGCCAUUGGGGACGGCAUGAUUGACCCGGAGACAAUGUUCGACUACGCCGACUUCUUGUAUCAAAUUGGCCUCGUGGACCGGCGCCAGUCCGACUACAUUCGCGCCGAGACUGCCCGAGCCGUGGACUACAUCAAGCGAGGGCGAUACCUGGACGCAUUUCUCAUCUUCGACAAGCUCAUCAACGGCGACACCGUCUCUCAGCCGUCGUACUUCAAGAACGUCACGGGCCUCGACUUCUACUACAACUUCCUCCUCUCAAGAGAACCGGAGGGCUUCGGGAACUACCACGCGUUCGUCGACUCCCCCGCCGUCCGCAAGGCCAUUCACGUGGGGAACCUGACCUUCAACAACGGAGACGCCACCGAGAACCAUCUCAAGGAGGACAUCAUGCAGUCCGUCAAGCCGUGGCUCGCGUCGCUAAUGGACAAGCCGCAUUACAAGGUGCUCAUAUACAACGGCCAACUGGACAUCAUCAUCGCGUACCCUCUGACGGACAACUUCGUCAGCACCAUCCCGUGGUCGGGCAAGGAAGCUUUCGAGAAGGCCGAACGUAAGAUUUGGAAGAGGACGGACGGAAACGGCGUCGCAGGUUACGUCCGCAAGGUGGCAAACUUCACGCAGGUUCUUGUGAGGAAUGCCGGUCACAUCUUGCCUUACGACCAGCCUGAGGUUGCGCUCGACCUAAUCACACGAUUCAUCGACGAUAAGCCCUUUGAUGCGUGAGA